AUGCUAGACGAGCUGGACAACACCUUCGACGAUCAUCCGUCAUUGGAUGCGUCGCUCGAGGACUUUGAGAACAACAGCAACGCCCGCCGCUCGCCCAUGUUCGGCCUCCCCUCCCAGCAUUCCGGGUUUCGCUCCGAGGAGUCGGAGGGCGAGGAGGAGGAGCUGACGCCCAACGGGGAGCGCUGGUCGCCGCCGGGCUUACGCAGGUAUGACUUCGUGCAGGGAAGUGGAUGGUACCGCCGUCAGCCCUACGUGCGCACCGUCGAUCACGACCGCCUCUGUCUCAAGCCCACCGUGGGCCUCAGCCCGUCGCAAUCGCGCGAGCCCAGCCCGCAGUAUGAGGAUGCGCUCGAGGGGCCGACCGCCAGUAAACGCAGCCAGUCUACCGAGACGGCAGAUGUCACCAUCGCAGCCAGCGUCCCGCUGCCGAUGGAUGCAGACACCCCGCAGAAAGGCCGGUCGCCGAGUCCGCGGCCAGCAGGCGCCCGGACCAGCCCUGACGCCGAGGCGGGGGAUUUGGGGGCGGGAAAUAACCUCAGCAACUGUAGGCUCUACCUUGAUAUCCGCUUCGCCGUGCGCGCCGAAGUCCAGCACCGCGAACCGUUUGUCGCGUUCUUUAGUUAUUUGCGAUCCAAAUUCGAUAAGAUCACUAGCUCCAAAUCAAAUGCAAUCCUCUCCGUAAUCGUUGCUUUCACGUCGAUCGCGUUCAUGCGCGCCUUGUUCCUGCCCAGUGUGCCCGAGGCGAUCCCCGAUCUGGUGAAGCUGUCGGGCUUUGCGCGCUCCUUCGAGCCACUCAUCUACUACUCGGAGAAUGGCGCGCAUCAAAUCACCGCGCUGCAGGAGACCGGGGUGGCCGUCUGGGAUCUUGGGGAAUCGGUGCGUGGCACCAACAUGACCAGCGCGCCGAUCAUCGUGCGCCAAUUGGACGAGCUGUCCGAGUCGCUCAAGUCGCUGUCCCUCGAGCUGGCGCGCUUCUUCUCCGAUGUCGAGGGCGACAUCGACUCCAUCCUGAUCGCCAUGGACUGGGCCAAGCGCGAGCUGGAGACGCUGUCGUUGCAACCGCCCAGCACGCUGCCGUCGAUCGUGUUCGACAACCUCCAUGACAUCUUCGCGCGACUCGGGGCGCUGGAGCGGCUUAGCGGCGCGAGUGGGGAAGGGUCCGGCAGCGAUCUCACCAGCACGCCUACGACCUUCGGCAACUUCGUCACCACCGUCUUCGGCCAGACCUCCGCGCAGCGCACGCGGUCCGCUCUGACGCGCGCCUUCACCGAGAUGCUGUCGGUGCUCGAGGAGGCAAUCAACAACGAGCUGACGCAUUCGACGGCGCUGUUCGCGCUCUUCGAGUCCAUCGACCGGCAGUUCCUGAAUCUGCAGCGAACGGUGGUGCGCGAGGAGGACGCCCAAGAGCGCGAAGAAGACGAGAUGCUCAGCUCGCUGUGGACGCGGGUGCUGGGCCCGAAUGCGGCGGUGGUGCGCAAAUAUGAUAAGAACAAGCAGCUGCUGGCCAACGUCCGUAGUCGCACCGUCACUAACAAACACCUCCUGAUGGACCAUCGCGGCCGCCUACUAACCCUCAAGGUCAACCUCGAAACACUACGACGCAAGCUCGUCAGCCCGCUGGUGCGGCGCAACGAUUCAGUCAGCUUCACAGGGGCAGUCGAGUCCAGUAGUCGUAGCCAUGGGCGCAUGCUGGGGCCGGUGGGGGCGGUGAUCGAAGGCCAGAUCCGCGGCCUGGAGGGCAGCUACGACUACCUGCAGUCGGUGCGCGAGAAGCAGAAGGCCAAGACGCUGGAGUUCUACUACGGGUUCGGGCGCCGACUGCCACAGAAUCCCGUGCUGGCGGACGGAUCGGACGAUCUGGGCGACGGGGUCUGA